CCCGUGUUUCGCCACAGUUCCUACCUUGUGAGCUUGGUUUCCUUACACCAAAAAGAGGGAACAGCCAAAGCUGGCAGGCUGACGGAGACACCUCGGGACGGACUUCCAGGCUACUGACCAUUUUGCUGUGUCUCACCGGAUUGCGUGGAGGUGUGAGGUCGACCAUGAGCUCCGUUGCAGUUUUGACCCAAGAGAGUUUUGCUGAACACCGAAGUGGGCUGGUUCCGCAGCAGAUCAAAGUUGCCACUUUAAAUCCAGAAGAGGAGAGUGACCCUCCAACCUACAAGGAUGCCUUCCCCCCACUUCCUGAGAAAGCAGCUUGCUUGGAAGGUGCUCAGGAGCCCGCCGGGGCCUGGGGCAACAAGAUCCGGCCCAUCAAGGCCUCCAUCAUCACUCAGGUGUUCCACGUUCCCCUGGAGGAGAGACGGUACAAGGACAUGAACCAGUUUGGGGAAGGUGAGCAAGCCAAGAUCUGCCUGGAGAUCAUGCAGCGGACGGGCGCCCACCUGGAGCUGUCCCUGGCCAAAGACCAAGGCCUGUCCAUCAUGGUGUCGGGGAAGCUGGAUGCCGUCAUGAAGGCCCGGAAGGACAUCGUCGCCCGGCUGCAGACUCAGGCUUCAGCCACUGUCGCCAUUCCCAAAGAACACCAUCGCUUUGUUAUUGGCAAAAACGGAGAGAAGUUGCAAGACUUAGAGCUGAAAACCGCAACCAAAAUCCAGAUCCCUCGCCCGGACGACCCCAGCAACCAGAUCAAGAUCACCGGCACCAAAGAGGGCAUCGAGAAAGCUCGCCACGAAGUCCUCCUCAUCUCCGCCGAGCAGGACAAGCGUGCAGUGGAGAGGCUGGAGGUGGAGAAGGCGUUCCACCCCUUCAUCGCUGGGCCGUACAACAGGCUCGUGGGCGAGAUCAUGCAGGAGACGGGUACCCGCAUCAACAUCCCCCCGCCCAGCGUGAACCGCACCGAGAUUGUCUUCACCGGGGAGAAGGAGCAGCUGGCCCAGGCUGUGGCGCGUGUCAAGAAGAUCUACGAGGAGAAGAAGAAGAAGACCACGACCAUCGCGGUGGAGGUGAAGAAGUCCCAGCACAAGUAUGUCAUCGGGCCCAAGGGCAACUCGCUGCAGGAGAUCCUGGAGAGGACGGGGGUCUCCGUGGAGAUCCCGCCCUCGGACAGCGCCUCCGAGACGGUCAUACUGCGAGGCGAGCCAGAGAAGUUGGGGCAGGCGCUGACCGAGGUCUACGCCAAGGCUAAUAGUUUCACGGUGUCCUCCGUCUCUGCCCCUUCCUGGCUUCAUCGGUUCAUCAUCGGCAAGAAAGGGCAGAACCUGGCUAAGAUCACUCAGCAGAUGCCAAAGGUUCACAUCGAGUUCACGGAGGGCGAGGACAAGAUCGCUCUGGAGGGCCCCACCGAGGACGUGCACGCAGCCCAGGGCCAGAUAGAAAGCAUGGUCAGAGACCUGGUCAGCCGCAUGGACUACGUGGAGAUCAACAUCGACCACAGGUUCCACAGACACCUCAUCGGGAAGAGUGGGGCCAACAUAAACAGAAUCAAAGACCAGUACAAGGUGUCCGUGCGCAUCCCCCCAGACAGCGAGAAGAGCAGCCUGGUCCGCAUUGAGGGCGACCCCCAGGGUGUGCAGCAGGCCAAGCGGGAGCUGCUAGAACUGGCCUCACGCAUGGAGAACGAGCGUACCAAGGACCUGAUCGUCGAACAGAAGUUCCACCGCACAAUCAUCGGGCAGAAGGGCGAGCGGAUCCGGGAAAUCCGCGACAAGUUCCCCGAGGUCAUCAUCAACUUCCCGGACCCGGCACAGAAGAGCGACGUGGUACAGCUCAGGGGGCCCAAGAAUGAGGUGGAGAAGUGCGCCAAGUACAUGCAGAAGACGGUGGCCGACCUGGUUGAGAACAGCUACUCCAUCUCCGUGCCGGUCUUCAAGCAGUUCCACAAGAACAUCAUCGGGAAAGGAGGAGCGAACAUCAAGAAGAUCCGGGAAGAGAGCAACACCAAGAUCGACCUCCCCGCAGAGAACAGCAACUCCGAGACCAUUGUCAUCACGGGCAAGCGGGCCAACUGCGAGGCUGCCCGCAGCCGGAUCCUGUCGAUCCAGAAAGACCUGGCCAACAUCGCCGAGGUGGAGGUCUCCAUCCCGGCCAAGCUGCACAACUCCCUCAUCGGCACGAAGGGCCGCCUGGUCCGCUCCAUCAUGGAGGAGUGCGGUGGUGUCCACAUCCACUUCCCCGUGGAGGGCUCAGGCAGCGACACCGUGGUCAUCAGAGGCCCCUCCUCGGACGUGGAGAAGGCCAAGAAGCAGCUCCUGCACCUGGCGGAAGAGAAGCAAACCAAGAGUUUCACCGUGGACAUCCGCGCCAAGCCGGAAUACCACAAGUUCCUCAUCGGCAAAGGGGGCGGCAAAAUCCGCAAGGUGCGUGACAGCACUGGAGCCCGCAUCAUAUUCCCGGCGGCCGAGGACAAGGACCAGGACCUGAUCACCAUCGUUGGGAAGGAGGAGGCUGUCCGCGAGGCCCAGAAGGAGCUGGAGGCCCUGAUCCAGAGCCUGGACAACGUGGUGGAGGACCACAUGCUGGUGGACCCCAGGCACCACCGCCACUUCGUUGUCAGGAGAGGGCAGGUCUUGCGAGAGAUCGCCGAGGAGUAUGGUGGCGUGAUGGUCAGCUUCCCGCGCUCUGGCACGCAGAGCGACAAGGUCACCCUCAAGGGCGCAAAGGACUGCGUGGAGGCGGCCAAGAAGCGCAUUCAGGAGGUCAUCGAGGACCUGGAGGCUCAGGUGACAGUGGAGUGUGCGAUACCCCAGAAGUUCCAUCGAUCUGUUAUGGGCCCCAAAGGAUCCAGGAUCCAGCAGAUCACUCGGGAUUACAACGUGCAGAUCAAGUUCCCUGACAGGGAGGAGAACCCAGGGCACAGCACAGAGCCAGUCAUCCAGGAGAAUGGGGACGAAGCUGUCGAGGGCAGAGACCCCAAGGAGCCUGACCCGGGCUCCCCACGGAGGUGCGACAUCAUCACCAUCUCGGGCCGGAAGGAGAAGUGUGAGGCCGCUAAAGAAGCUCUGGAGGCACUGGUUCCUGUCACCAUCGAAGUGGAGGUGCCUUUUGACCUUCACCGUUACAUCAUCGGGCAGAAGGGGAGUGGCAUCCGCAAGAUGAUGGACGAGUUCGAGGUAAACAUCCACGUCCCCGCGCCCGAGCUGCAGUCCGACGUCAUCGCCAUCACAGGCCUCAGCAGUAACCUGGACCGGGCCAAGGCUGGGCUGCUGGAGCGCGUGAAGGAGCUGCAGGCCGAGCAGGAGGACCGCGCUCUAAGGAGUUUUAAGCUGAGCAUCAGUGUAGACCCCAAGUAUCACCCCAAGAUUAUCGGGAGGAAGGGGGCCGUGAUUACCCAGAUCCGCUCCGAGCACGAUGUCAACAUCCAGUUUCCUGAUAAGGAUGAUGGGAACCAGCCCCAAGACCAGAUCACCAUCACAGGGUAUGAGAAGAACACAGAGGCUGCCCGGGACGCCAUCCUGAAGAUCGUGGGCGAGCUCGAGCAGAUGGUCUCUGAGGACGUGCCCCUGGACCACCGCGUCCACGCCCGCAUCAUCGGCGUACGUGGCAAGGCCAUCCGCAGGGUCAUGGACGAGUUCAAGGUGGACAUCCGCUUCCCGCAGAGCGGUGCCCCAGACCCCAACUGCGUCACCGUGACGGGGCUCCCAGAGAACGUGGAGGAAGCCAUCGACCACAUCCUCAACCUGGAGGAGGAAUACCUGGCAGACGUGGUGGGCAGCGAGGCGCUGCAGGUGUACAUGAAGCCGCCUGUGCACGAGGAGGCUAGGGCCCCGUCCAAGGGCUUCGUGGUGCGGGACGCUCCCUGGACAGCCGCCAGCAGCGAGAAGGCUCCUGACAUGAGCAGCUCUGAGGAAUUCCCCAGCUUUGGGGCUCAGGUGGCCCCCAAGACCCUCCCAUGGGGCCCCAAGCGAUAAUGACUGGGAAGCAGAGCCUCCCUGGCCCGCUGACCUGAACCCGCCCUGCGUGGCCCGUUUUGGUCUGACCAGCGGCUGGCCGUUAUCAACGCCCCUCCCGAGGUCUUGCAGUGAAGCCCACGGCCCGCCCCGGGCCUGGGACCUGCUCCUGGCCCCGCCCGGCCCAGCCAGCGAGCCACCAUCGGCGCCGAAGGCCCGGGAGCACGGCAUGGAGCGUGCUCGCCAGCCGCCCGCAUGACCUUUCCAGAGCUCCGCAGCCGCGGCUAGGGUCGGCUUCCUGUGUCAUGGCCUCAGGAAAUAAAUUCCUUGACUUUGUAAAAGCCAAAA